AUGGCAACUACCACACGGAUAAUAACCCUCGAAGAGUUAGCAGAGCAUAAAGAAGGGCAUAAGGAUCCAUGGAUUUGUAUUGAUGGUAAAAUCUAUAGUAUUGCGGACUACAGGCACGAACAUCCAGGAGGGGAGGAUGUACUCUUUGAGGUUGCUGGUAAAGACGGCACAGAAGAGUUCAAUAAGGUUGGACACGGAAGGGAUGCCUUCUCCAGAAUGAAGGAUUUAUUGAGGGUGAAACAAAAUUUCGGAAAUGCUUCUCUUUUCAAUUAUCAAUCUUCCCAACAACAAUAUUUUCAUAGCGACAAUUCGUCAUCAUCACACACAAAUAGCUCACAUCCUGAACAAAUUCCUGCUGAAAUUAUAAAUAUUCAUCAAGAAUCUCCCAAAACAAAACGCUUUACAUUGCGAGUGAAAACCAAAACAUUACCUUUUUUCACGUUCUAUGCUGGACAAUUUAUUAAUCUUUACAUGAAUGACAUGACAGCAUCGUUUUCAAUAUCUAGUGCUCCAAAGAUGCUCUCCAAUGAAAUUGAAAUCACUGUUCAACGAAGUAAUCACCCUCUCACACAUUUACUGCAUGAUUCAAAAGUUGGAGAUUUGAUUACCAUUUCUGGACCACUAGGAAGCUUUUAUUUCAAUGUUAGUGAGAUUAGGUUUGCAAAUGCCAAACAUUUAGUUCUCAUUGCAGGUGGACUUGGUGUCACUCCCUUAAUAUCUAUUAUCAAGUACAUUUCUGGAAACAUGCUCUAUUUCUAUCAUGUCACAUUAAUAUAUUCUGCAAGUACGGUUGACGAUUUUUGUUUUGUGAACGACAUUUCCAAUAUUAUAAGAAAUUUUCAAAAUAUUAAUUGUAAACUUUUGGCCUCUACACCACCCAGCAGCUCAAUACCACAAGAAUUAGAGCCACUGUUGACAAGUGACAGAAAAAUUGAUGUCAAUUAUCUUAAAGCUAAUUUGAAUGAAGAACAACGGAAGGAAGCAUUAUUUUUUGUGUGUGGCCCAAUUAGCAUGGUUAAGGACAUUUCAGCUGCUCUCCAAGAAUUAUCUGUAGACACAGAUCGUAUUUAUCAUCAAUGA